UUUGUAAUUUUUUCCUCUCAGAAAUCAAAAAUAAGGAGCAGAAAUAGCUGCGUCUCAGCAGAGCCAGGGGCCAGCCCAGGGGCACUCGCUGUCCUACAGCUGAGUAUUAGUUUUGAGGAUGACCAUGAUAAGACAGCAGAAGAAACACCAGGGACUGAAGCGCCAAAGAAUGCGGCAAAUCCUCCCACAAACAUCACAGACAGGAUACUUUUUAUUGAUUUAGCCAAUAAGCAAUUGUGAACCAUCUCGCCAGAGGUCUUGAAUCUAGAAUAUCUGAAAGAACUGCACAUGGAAAAGAACCUGAUUGUAAGCAUCCCCAGGGGCAUCAAUCUCCUGAGGCACAUGAAAGCCCUUUACUCGGAUCAGAAUCACAUACAGGAUAUGUGUGAAGAGCUGAGGGAGCUGAAAUGUCUUCUGAGCUUAGAUUUAAGUAUCCCUCUCUGUAGUUUGCUGCUAGGUACCAGCAAAUUGCUGUCCCUUCGUCAGCACAGGCUCUAUAAAACAAACUUGCCCGAAAUCCCAGUGCAGAUCCGCAAACACCUCCAUCAAGCUGAACUGCUUGGCUUUUCUGACAAUAAUCCAAAAUGUUUGUCUAAAAAACCAGUGAACCUGAAAAAACUCAGGGAAAUUUACCUCCACAAAAAUUGAAUUGAAAAUUUUCCCAAGGAACUUUGUCAAAUUGCUAAUUUAGAAAUAAUAGGUCUGAAACAGGAUCUAAUCAGUCUCUUCCCAGAAGAGGCAGACUUUUUGACAAACUAUAAGCUAUUUUUAGCCUCUAAUAACUUAUCCUCCAUUCCUCCUACGCUGCAACAGCGCCAGAAGCUGGCUGUGCUGCAUCUGUCUCAUAAUCUCCUGCACAAUCUUCCCCGUUUGAAGAAUCUCACGGGCAUGAGCGUAUGCAGACCGUCUGCCAACAGCCUGGAGAAGAUCCCACACCAGACCUGAUGCUGGAUGCUGCUUUCCAGUGUUUAUCCGAGGAACACCAGACUGCGUGCAGUACCCAGGUCCUUCGCUAGAUUAAGUGGUGUCAGGAUACUAGAUCCGAGUGAAAAUUGCUUUGAUGAGAUUCCUAAAGGAAUAUGCACUAUGAAAAAUCUGCAAGUAUUGGCCCUGGAUGACAAUCUGAUACAGGAGGUAACUGCAGUGGUAAAAGGACCAAAAAAUUCUAAAUGCCUUAGCCCAUCUAAAAGCCAAUUCAGUGUCUUUGCAAAGGACAUCUUCCUCCUUGAGUCCUUAGAGAGGUUAUAGCUUGGACAAAGCAAAGGAAUUAUAUUCAUAAGUCCUCCAGAAGACAUUAACAAACUGCAGAAUAUGAAAGAACUACACAUGGAGAAUAAUUGUCUGGAGUAUCUGCCUACAGCCAUCAGCUUAGUGACCUGCUUGAAAAUACUUGACUGUUGCAACAAUCUCCUUACCCAGCUCCCAGAUUCUGAAUGCCAAAUACAAGGUGAAAACCACAUGCAGGAAUGCUCCACACCAUUCCUGUUCUUUGUGCUGCAGUUGUUUGCUUUUGUGUGUUCAGGUUUGCCAAAAUUGCUUGUUCAGAACAAUCACCUGUUCCAGACGCCCAAGAAUUUGGACAGUCUUCAGCAGCUGGAGCUCAUCCUUGUGGGGAACCCUAUGACAGACCCUCCCAUUGGUGCCAGGGGACAGCUGCCAUCUGGGAACACUUAGGGGAAAAGAGACGUAAAAAGACCUAGGGUUGUUAAGAAAGCCACCACAGUAUACACACAAAGCUGUGGGUUUAGUAACAGAUACUUUGCAGAACAAUUAACAGGGCACUUUAUGCAACAUCAAAACCCAUUAAAAAACUGUUUGCAUCAGCUAUGGCAGAGCAGUGCCUUCAUCACUGAUCAAGUUAUGGUAGGAUGUAGGCAACCAUCAGGAAAUACAGCACCGGCAUAAUUCAAAAAUUCAGAAGGUUGUUGCAGAAAGUUGUCACUGCCCCUCCAGGUCACAGUCAGCAGGCACAGAA